GUGUGUGUGUGUGUGUGUGUGUGUGUGUGUGUGUGUGUGUGUGUGUGAUUAUUGCCUGGUCUCAUUUCACCCCAGAUGGUGCUCUGCUUGGUCAUGGACUCCAGGGAGGAUGGAGAUGCCUGGAUGGAGGAGCAGUGGGAGAAAUGGCUCACUCAUGACAUGAGUCUGGAUGAGUAUGAAGACGAUGACCUGUCUGAGGUGACGGAGAUCACGGAUGAGAAUGCUGGCCUUCUGAGCCACCGUGAAUUUGAUAUUCAGGAACACAUGAUUUGUCCGUCCAAUAGAAGCAGGGACAUGGGCCGGAGGAGGGGGGCCUUGGAGCUGCAGAAGGAGAUGCUUCAGCUGGACCUGAUAGAUGCUGAGGGAGGCACCCAGGAAGAAGGAGGAGAAGACGAAGAAGAGGAGAAGGAGGAGGAGGAGGAGGAGGAGGAGAGGCCUCUGCUGCUCAUCGAUGAGCACCGAGAGGAAGAGCGGUCACUGAUCGCCGCCAUGGAUACGUACCGGCCCAAGAGACCCACCACCCUUAAUCUGUUCCCGCAGGUGCCAAGGACUCAGGACACAAUUAAUAAUAACUCUUUUGGUAAAAAAGACAGAAGGAAAGAGAAGAAGUCCCAUCCAGCUUCACCUCACAUAAAGGGGGCCCAGCUAGCCACAUGUGAACAUGUCACCCCCGUCGAUGGGGACAAGGUCCAAGCCAGCAGCCGGUUGGUUUGUGAGCCAGCUGCAUCUAUGAAAAACAAAGCUCCUGUGUCUAACUGCAAGAAACAGGAUAAACCUUCUGACAGUGUGGGCAACAACAUCUGUACGGUCCCGGUGUCCAAUCACGCAGCCAUGAAGGACACGACCAGGGAUGGGAAUUUGACCGGGGCCGUCAACAAGGAGAAAGCCCACUAUAACUCCGUUAAUGGAUGCCAGGAACAUGUUCAGUACCCUGGAGAAAACGGGUAUACACACCCCAACUCGGAUAAAAACAAGGACAAGAGUAAGGAGACGAGGCAGGACAUCCAGUUGUCACCAGUGGGUGCUGAGCAGGAGAGACCUUUCCUUUCCCAGAGCAGUGACAGCAAUCGCAUGUCCAUCAGCUCCGAUACUGAACUCCCUCCACUGCAUUUCCAUUCCCUAGCCGAACGUACCAACCCAUCCAUCAGCGAAGAGGAUGAAGUGUACGCUCCAACACCUCCGUGCAGGACCGAUAGCCUCAGUGAGGCAGCAGACUCUGUUUCCAGUGCAAAAACAGGCGACACGGCAGCUGUGAACGCAGCAGAUAGCACGGACGCCUCGGGACUGACGUACGACUCGGUGAAAUACACCCUGGUGGUGGACGAGCACUCGAAGUUGGAGCUGGUUAGUCUAAAGCAGUGUUACCAAGGCUACGACAGCGACAGCGACAACACCGUUUACGAGUCAGCUGUCGACGAUGACGAUGAGGAUCAUGAUGCAGACGACGACGAGGAAGAGUCAGGUGCAGGAGGAUUGAACAGGGACACUUCCGGUCUGUCCACAGACUCUGCCACUGACACCACGUCAGACGUGCCUCGCUCACGCAAAUUCCUCAACGUCUUCAUAAACAGACGUCCGCGCUUUCCUGGUGUGGAAUCCUUUGGCCUUUUCUCCUGCAUUAUCGAUGGUGAGGAGAGAGAGCAGAGCCACAGGGCAGUGUUCAGGUUCAUCCCGAGGCACGAGGAUGAGCUGGAGUUGGAGGCGGACGACCCGUUGUUGAUGGAAAUGCAAGCAGAGGAUCUGUGGUGUGAAGCCUACAACAUGCGCACCGGCUCCAGAGGCAUUUUUCCGACUUUCUACGCAGUCAAAAUCACCAAGGACAACCAGCCUAAAGAGGUUAAAAGUGACUGGCUAGACACCUUCUGGGUGAAAUUCCUGGGCUCUGUUCAAGUGCCAUAUCACAAAGGGAAUGAUGUGCUUUGUGCAGCUAUGCAGAAGAUUGCCACGAACCGAAGAACAAUGCAGUUCAACCCUCCAUCCAUGUGCAUCGUGGAGAUCAACAUAAGAGGAGUGAAGAUCAUCGUUCAGGACGAGUGUGAGGUUUCCGGAAGGGGUGACAAGUACUGUCACUUCUUUCAGCUGAAGAACAUCUCUUUCUGUGGAUGCCAUCCAAAGAACAAAAAGUAUUUUGGACUAAUCACCAAACACCCAGCACACCAGAGGUUCGCCUGCCAUGUGUUCUUCUCAGAGGAGCAUGCUGCAUAUCUAGCUGAAUCUGUCAGCAAAGCGUUUCAGCAGUACUACAAAGAACACAUGGAGUACUCCUGUCCCACAGAGGACAUCUUCCUCGAAUGACCUUUGCUGUGUCAUGUACAUUUGGACUACUGUAUAUCCUAUUAUCCAAGGUGUUGCAUGAUGAGUCACAGAAAUCUCCUUAACAUGUCAUGCUGCGAUGUUUAUGUCUAUUUUAGACUAAGCAUACGAUUAAAAUAAAAGACACGUGUGUUUUUAGCUAAUGCAUACUUUGAAUAGCAAGAAAAAAACCUUCACUGAUUAUUCCAACAUGGUCUAAAAAAGAUUUAUAAAAUUAGAUUCUAAUUCAAUGAAAUCAUAGAAGAAGUCCUAAAAAACGAAUCAAAUGGGUUUCUGUACAUUAUUAAAAUUUCUUCACUGUAAUGCUUUGGUUCACGUGCACUUUGCUUAGAAAAAUGGGACACAUGCUAGCAUGCUAGCAAAUGUUAACAAGCUAGGUCGCAGUGUCACAGUGUCAGUCUGCCGACAUCCACUGGGUUUCCGUUGUUUAGCACCAUGUUGUUGGAUGUUGUAUUCAGUGUGCGUCGAUAUUCAAAGUCAUCAAACUGUAUCAUUGCCUAAAAAGCAUCCAGGCCAUGAAAUCUUUGAAUUUACGUAGCCUCGACAACCUUUUCUUUUUAUUUAGUUUGUAUACAGGUCGAAUGAUGUAUGCAUCGUAUACAGUGCAGUCCAUAAGAAAUUGGUUACAGAUCACUAAAACACACCAACUCUCUGAAGCAUGGUGGUGGUAGUGCCAUGGCAGGUCUUGUGUUGUUAAAGUGUAAUUACUCAGUGGACAGCAUUCGCAUGCUAGCUUGAGAAUUUGAUUUCAUUGGACUGUCCGAAUUGUGUACUUUUUUUACUAAUUAUUUACAAUAAUUACAUUUAUUUUCCGCAUCCUAAAACCCAUUUACGUGCUUGUAAAAAAGGACUAAACUCAGCAUGCCAUAAACAAAUCAACAGAUAUUGCCAAAAAAUAGCUGUGUAUUUUUAAACAACAAUUUUAAACAACCUGUCAAUCAAACGAGUCCGGU